UUUUAUUCAUAACCUCAAAAGUUGUGUCACAUUUGUGUAUCCAGUUUAAUACUAAUUGGCUUAUUUGUUGCUACGAUGGCUCAAGGGAAGCUAAAAGUGAAAACCAACGUUCCGAAUAAUUCAAAGAACAAAAACAAGAAGAAGGGAAAUGCGACAACGCCACGUUCGAGGAAACCAAUUCAAGCUAAAAAGAAUAAAAAUGAGGAAAUCCAGAAGUUGAAAAAGGUGAUCACAAAGACUGUGAAUAGGGCUGCCGAGGAUGAGAUCAGAGAAAGAUCAAAAACCAAAACAAACUUAUCAAAAGCACAGGAGGCUGUUGUCAAGCACAAUCUUACACCCACAAGUUAAAAACACAAAAUAUAUUUAAAUAAUAUUUAUUAAAGU